AGUCGGGUUAUAAUUCUGAAAUAGUAGGUUGAAAAUUGAAGUCAGAGAGUCAGAGACCCAAGACUAGAAAGAAAUAGGCAUCGACUGAGGCUCAAAUCAGCCUGAUUCUUCUGGAUUUCGUUUACUUUACAGUAGCAUCUUUCUGAUAUAACCUCCUUCGCCUAGCUCAUUUGCUCAAGACAUCUAUCAUCAUGUCUGCUAAUAAAUCCAACCUUUCGGGUGGAGACUAUAAGUACGAUCUUGUUGUCUCUACGACCCAAGCAAGCAUCAAUUCGGGCUUAUGGCAACAUUUGAGCACCGUUGACGAACCAUGGACGGAAAUGUAUUUCCUAGGCACCAGCGGGCGCUCCGUCUCAAGCGAAAUAUCGCUCAGCGAGCUUCAAAAGAUUGUUGGUGAUAUAAACCCGUGGGAUAUUCCAUCAGGCACAAAUCGUGACAGCGAUAGCCGUAUUUCCAAGCUCACAACUGCCAACUUUUGGGGGGCCAUCAGGAUGAAGCUAGGACGACCCGGUAGAGAUAUCGCAGGCCUACCUCCAAUUGUGAACUUUGAUUCCAGCUCGGUCGUAACCUUCAAUAUGUUCAGCUCGGAGUUCGAAUUGUUGCGGAACACCCCAGGUGCAUGGAUAGUAACAACGCAGCCACCGGAGAACCCAUGGUACAUCACCGCGCGGGUCGACAUCGUUGCAGAGAAUCUUGAUAGAAGCCUCGAUACGGCCUACUUCAAUCAUAACCCCGAUGUUAGAGAACACCUCACGAACUCAGUAAAUAGACUCAGCAAUACACUAGGCGGUAUGGGAAUGUCCUUUAGUCUCCAGCAAUUACUUUUCGACCUCGACAAUGCCGCGACGAGGGGCAUGCUCAAUUGGGCUGGUAUAAGUAAAUUGGACACACUUAUGACCAUGGAUCAUAUCCUGGCGCUUUGGAAACAAGCUGCUGCGAAACGUGGACAGCCGAUUUUGGCCGUGCUGGCCGUGCCUCAUGGUGGAAGUCUAGAUGCAUCCCAACUGGUAUUGACCAACGUGCAGCGUCAUGUUAGUCCGCUCAGGGGUACAGACGGCAAGCUGAUAACGAACCCGACCCCGGAACAGAUUGGAUGUACUACUCUUGAUUAUAUUUGUGCCAUCAAUGGAAACUCUCCCAAGCCUGCUACGACUUUUGGAUGGAACUGGAUGGAGCCAGAUGAUGCCAAACAAACAAGCGGCGUCAUGUCUAUCAACCGCAAUGUAUUAGGCAAUUUCUUCAUGAAUCAGAUUCUACGGUAUUGCAAGUAUGCGUGCCUUAUCGGACACUGUUCCGUUACUGCCCACGCGCUCGGCGAGGUAGAUUAUGCGUGGCCUAUAACAACAGGAGGUAUACCUCAAAAGGCUAUCAUCAACCCUACAGGGCCUGAUGUCAUACAUAUCGAGUAUACUCAAAACUCUAGCGCCAGCGACAGAUCUUGGGGGACUGAUGGCGAGCUGAACAUGGACGCAAGCUAUUUUUGCGACGUCAGUUUCAUCAACGACAGGAUAGUCAUCCGCCAACGCCAACUCAUCCACAUGUAUAUUGAAUGGGACUCCACCAGCGAGAUGCUCAAUGUUCUUGACAAGUCGUUGACUGAUACCUAUGUUCUCACCAUUGAUCAGAACAGCGGAGUGCAUUUGACCUGGCAAAAGGAACUCCAGGUCAAAGAAGACCAUUCCGAACCCGACAAGCUCAGUAAAUUUGCAAAUUACUUCGUCCACCUUGACGAUGUUGUGAACCAAAUCAGAGACUACGUCUUUUCACUUAGCAACUAUAGCUUCGAAGCGAUCCCCCUUGGCCAACAGGAACAAUUCAUUUUCCCAGAAGGUAGAGUGUUCACCUUUACCUCCCCUAGGUUUUCUGAACACCAAGACUUGGUAUGCGGGGUCACGUACGUUGCCACAGACAGUGCCGAACCGCAGGCCAUGGCGAUGGUGCACCCAGCCAUCGCGGCUGCAAACCAUGACAGCCAGAAAAACCACGACAGUCAGAAACUGCUUCAAGUCAUCAACGGCUCGGACACACCGCCCCUUACACUGACCUCUUCUUCGGAGCUGAUGCAGAAUUAUCUUCAAGGUGAGAUCGUGUCGCCAACUAGCAAGUUUGAAGCUUUGCAAACUGUCGACGGUCACGCCCUGCUUUUUAUGACAUCCACGUCCGGUACUUUCAACGUCGCCGCGGAGAAGAGUGGCAUCAACGCGACAGGCUGGGAGCUCCACGACCUAUCAUCAGUUAUUCUUCAAAAAGAUUUCCCCCGCCAAGCGGAUGCCGUGGUUCGUACAAUUGACGUCGGCCAAAACGCCCUCAGCAACACCAUUGGCCUAGCUGCGGCCAUCUCGUCAGGUGGUACCGAACACCUAUAUUUGUCUCUCUUUAAUUCCACAGUCGACGCCUCGUGGGUGUCGAAGCCGAAUUGGCAGUCUUGCCCCUUUGAUGCUGCCUCUGAAGGAUCUGGUCCGAUACACAUUGCCACCAUUCUCUUCGCCGAGACGGGGGAUAAAGAACAAUACUUGAUUGUUGACAUUGACCGCUCGGGAUCUGGCUCAGUCAAGAACAUCACGCGCUACUACAUCGAUCCCACCAAGUCCACUGGUCAUUACUGGGUCAAGCACGACGUCCCCAUUGUCAUCGAACAUGGUAGUUAUCAAAGCUGUGUCGGCAGGAGAAAGCGUACUUACGUUGACGGGAUAUAUACCGCGGGUUCAGUCGCGGGAGCUGCUCAAUUUGUCUAUGUACCCGUCGUCAACGAGUAUGGAAGUGGCCCCCCUUUGCCAACUCGCCUUUACUUGCCAGGGGGGGCUAAGCCUACGGCCAUUGCUACCUCCCGCAACGCUGGCUCGGCAUCCGCUCUUUUGGGCACGACUGAUCUAUUUGCUAUCAGCAGCUCAACCCUAUAUCGCUUUGCUGCAGAUAGCCAAGGGGAUGGCGCUACCGGAAAGCCAUUGGUGACGAACCCUUUCCUCGGAGGAACUGAGACACUCACUGCUAUGGAUCAUAACGGCGUAACGACGCUAUGGGGCAAGAACAAAAGCAACGAGGUCUACUACCUAUCAUGCCCGGACACUCAGCUUGCCAACCUUGGCUCCUGGAGCACUCCCGUCCCUGUUCUCACAGGAAUCGAGCGAAUAUCAGCGUUUCUUAAUAAAUCAGACGGCGGCAACACAAUCUUUGCUUCCGGGGGCGGGAAGCUACACAGGCUUAUCCAGUCAACCGACACAGCCGCAAAGAUAUGGCGUGCGCAGGAGAUACGACUUCCAGCACCCGCCGACACACCCUCCGUGCGGUACAAGUCCUACACCACCACGAUCCAGGUGACCGACACCAGCAAAUCCCAGCCGGCCGCCGGGGCCGAGCUGACCAUCGCCACCGCCACGCGUACGCCAGUAUUCAUCAACGGACUCUACUACCUGAUCGGGCCGUCGCCAGUAAAAGUAAAAGCCGACACAAUGGGCACCGUGACCGUCAUCGAAGCCACCGACGACAUCAACUCAGCCCAACUCAACGUGUCCACCAGCGACGGGACGAGCCGUCUCCAGAUAAGCCCAAUGGACAAGUCCUUCGCGAAGCUGGCCGAGCUCAACUCGGAGUCCUCGCUCCGCAGCGCAAGCUUCCCGUCCGAGACGAAGGCAGGCGGCACCCGGGGGGCGACAAGCCACACCUCGCUGGUAUCUCCCUCGACUGCUCAGGGCGACGUCCAGGCUGUCGCCAGCAACGUGGGUAAACUCGGCUCCAUCUAUUCGAGUGUCGGCCAGGGGUCAUCGUUGGCCACCGCAGACGCAGCCUCUCGGCGUGUCGUCCCGAAGGCCUUUUUCGCCGCCUCGCCGUCAAGCCUAGGCGACGAUCUAGCCAUCGCGGCCGGCGACCUCUACCGCUGGCUCCGAUCCGGAGCGGACGCCGUGGUCGACAUCCUCAAGGACGAGAUCAGCGAUACCUGGCACAUCUUCGCCACGAUCGCGGGCAAGGUGUACCGCGCCGUGCUGGACACCGCCGAUGCCGUGGUCGGCGCGAUCGAGUGGGUGUUCAACGCCGUCAAGACGGGGAUCGAAGACAUCAUCCGCUACGUCGAGUUUCUCUUCGACUGGGACGAUAUCAGCCGAUCCAAGGACGUGAUGCACAACGUGGCGAAGCUGUAUCUCGAGGACCAAGCGCAGGGGCUCCAGCGGGCCAGGGAAGCGUUCGACCAGCAGAUGCAAGCGUUCGGGAAGACGGUUGACGAGUGGACUGGCGUCAAGGAUUGGUCGUCCCUCGGCGACGCCGCAACGAAGCCCGUGGUUAGCGGCGCUGCGAACCCGGGAGAUGGACAGACUGCGGGCUCGCAGCUUCUCUUGGGUCAUUUUCGAGACAAUGUUCACAAUCUCAAAGUAACCAGUGACGUCCCGCCAGUCCGCGUCACCCAAAGCUUAGUCGACGAGCUACUAGAGGCGCUCGACGCAGAAGGCGAGGUCCUGGGCGACGCGUACGAGCAACUGAAAAAACUGGCGACAGAUUUUAACUCCCUAAGCCUCGAGGACAUCCUUCUACGGGUUGCGGGCAUCCUUGCGCACGGCGUCCUGGGCAGCGUGCAAGUCGUGGUCGACGCACUCCUCAACAUCCUCUCGACCCUCAGCAGCGCGGCCAUCGGUCUCCUCGACACCAAGAUCCACAUCCCCGUCAUCUCCGACAUACUCAACGAGAUCGGCGUCUGCGACAUAUCCAUCCUCGACCUGUUCACCUGGAUCGCAGCCGUGGGCUACACCGUCAGCUACAAGCUCGCGCACCACGAAGCGCCCUUCCCGGACAACAGCGAGGUGCGGGCUAUAAUAUCAGCAACCGGCUGGGCCAGCGUCGCGACCCUCUUCCACGGGCAGCAACCAUCCAAGGGUCCCUCCCUCCGCUCCCUCCCGCCGCUGUCCGAAGCGACCAAGAAAUCCACCUACACCAGCUGCCACGCGUACGCCGGCGCCAUCACGGUAAUCGGCAGCAUCGUCAGCGCGCUGGAAGCCGCGUCCGAGACCGGCGACAACAUCUUCUCUUUGCCCUCCACCGUGAUCGGCGUGACCUCCAGCGGUCUGCAAGGCGCCGCCAACUUCCUCGUACCUCGGGACCCCGUCCAGAACCCCGUCGUCAGCAUCGUCUCCGACGUCAUCUUAGGCGCCGGCCUCGUGUCGAAGCUCGUGUUCAGCGGGCCCGCGCAGAAGCAGUUCCAGGCGAAGGGGAGCAAGUUCCCGGGCCUCGCCGUGGCAGACGGGCGCGCGACGGGGGCCGUCGUCGGCGCCGUGCUCACGCUGCCCGCGCUCGUCGUCUCCGGGUGGCACUUGUACGAGCUGAGCCGGGAGCCCGAGGGGGCUGUGCGGGCGUCCGCUAUCGUGGGGGAGACGACGCGGUUGGCGGGGUUCAGCGCCACGUGCAUGUACGCGGGGGCCGUGAAUGACCCGGACCCGCUGAGCAAGCUGGCGUUCCUCGGCGGGCUGCUGGGGAGCAACGUCGCGGUUGCGGGGCUGCAGAUGGCGGAGGCGCUGAUAUAUUAGGGGGAGUGGCAUUGGAUAGGGGGAAUCUUGUAGUCAAUGUUCCAGGGUCAGCAGU